UAUUGCACAAAUAAUGCUCCCCUGACAUUUGCAGCUUACUUAUAAUAGUUACAUAGUUAGUAUGGUUGAAAAAAGACAUACGUCCAUCAAGUCCAACCAGGGAAUUGAAGGGAAGGGUGUAAGGGGAUAAGGGGAAGGGAUGUAGUUUUAUAAUUCUGCAUAAGCAUUAAUGUUAUUUUGUUCCAGGAAUGUAUCUAACCCUGUUUUAAAGCUGUUAAUUGUUCCUGCUGUGACCAGUUCCUGAGGUAGAUUGUUCCGUAAAUUCACAGUCCUUAUGCAGGUAGUCUGGACCCGACUGGAGAAAAGAGUUCCCUAAUUGGUUGGCACUGCCCUCCUAUGACUGCUAAUUGUUGUCACAAGAUGCCGGAUUAGCACAUUUCUGGAAUACCUCCCUGUUUACCCUGCACACAUCCACCUUCCACGUUUUCUUUAUUUUCCCAUGCUGUAUUGUAAACAUAAUAAUAAAAAAAAACAUUCUAAGCAGUUUCACCCACAGAUGCCAGGAUGGCACAGAAUGGCUGGCACAUUGCUAAUAAAUGGGGUGAUAAUGGCAGCUAUCAGAGGUCUCUAAGCGCAGCUGCUCCUGCCUAGAAAGUAUCUUUAUUGUAAAAUUAACAAACCAAACACUUUACAAAGUUCUCUGUCCCCUUUGUUGUGUUAACUCUUGGACAAGUAGGCUGGAUGAAGUGGAUGAGAGUUGGCUCUGCACUUGUUCCUGUGUAUAAUCCCAGGCUGGGGUACACGUGGGUGACUAGGACCAGCCCUCUCCUGGGGACCCUUUUGUUUAGCUAUUGAACAUAAGCACCUUCUGAGCUACUGUGCUCUUCACAAGAAGCUUCCACUGCUGCUGAAGGAGAGUUCAAGCUGUCUGGCUGCCACAAGGGAUCUGACAUGUCUAGGUCUUUCUAUGUUGAUUCAUUAAUAAUUAAAGACUCACCAAGACCUGCUCCAUCCUUACCUGAUCACCAUCAUCCUCAUCAUCACCACCAUCAUCAUCAUCAUGGACAAGACUUUCUCCUGCCCAUCAGCAUGCCAUCUCCAGCAGUUAUGUCUGUUUCUGCACCCAUGUGUCCUUCAAAGAAAAGUGGCAGCUUUUGUGUCUGUCCCAUCUGUGUCACCUCUCACCUGCACUCCUCCAGGACUAGCAUCCCUUUACUGAAGAGCCAAUUCCAAAGUGGAGAUACUCAGUACUGUCAGAGGAUGAGCCAACAGCCUGCACCAACCAUGGUCCACACAGGGCAUACACCUGUUUGUAGUCCAACAUACAAUGUUACAGAUCCUAGGAGAUUCCACUGUCUGUCAAUGGGUAGUGCAGAAAGUGGGCAAAUGCAAAAUGGUAAAAGGAUGAGGACAGCAUUCACCAGCACCCAACUUCUGGAGUUAGAGAGGGAGUUCUCCUCAAACAUGUACCUCUCCAGACUGAGAAGAAUUGAGAUAGCUACCUACCUGAACCUAUCUGAGAAGCAAGUGAAGAUCUGGUUCCAGAACAGGAGGGUGAAGCAUAAGAAAGAGAAUAAAGGGUCUCAGAGAAACACCCAUGGAGGCUGUAAAUGUACAAGCGGCCAAGGGCACUACCCUGGCUCAGAAGAUGAAGACUCCCUAUCUCCUGCUUCCACCACUGAGGACAAGGAGAUCUCACCCUUAUAGUAGACAUCUCCAAUAUAACUGACUAUAGGACCACUGCACUUGUGAUUCACAAGCAAUAAAAAAACAACUGCAAUCCAUGCAGUUUUCCAGAAUCUGAUGCUACAAGUUUCAUAAAAGCUCCAUGCAUGCUGGGCAUCCAAAACAGCCUGAACUGAUGAUCAGUCCCAUGCCCUGAACUAUGGCAUAGUCAUGGGUAUUGCUUGGCACUUGCUCAGUAUUGGACACUUUCUUUCUAAUUGUACAGAAUAUUUUUUGUUCCAGGCCUUUAUUAAAGGGUUUAUCCAGGAAAAAAACUUUUUUUUAGAUAUCAAUUGGCUCCAGAAAAUUAAACAGAUUUGUAAAUUACUUCUAUUAAAAAAUCUUAAUCCUUGCAGUACUUAUGAGCUGCUGAAGUUGAGUUGUUAUUUUCUGUCUAAGUGCUCUCUGAUGACAUGUGUCUCGGGAACCGCCCAGUUUAGAAGCAAAUCCCCAUAGAAAACCUCUUCUACUCUGUGCAGUUCCCGAGACAAGCAGAGAUGUCAACAGAGAGCACUAUUGCCAGACAGAAAACAACAACUCAACUUCAGCAGCUGAUAAUUAUUGAA